UUGCCGGGCACGUUGAAAGAGUCUUGGAAGCCUUACGACCGAAUGCAACCGCAGUCGCCAGGUCAACUUAGUCACUUAGUGAGUUGAGCUACAGUAGUGAACAUAGCCAUGGGAGAAACCUUCCUAGAUCCCCUCAGCAUCCGCUUUUCUCAAGAUACGAUUUCAGAGCAUUUCAAGGAUGAUCCUGAGAUGUCAAUCUUCGACACUUUCGAGAAGAUCACGGCGGGAAUGCAGAAACGUGAGGUGCCCAUGAUGCACGUGGUGAGGCGCAUGGAUGGCCAACUGGUGACCUUGGACAAUCGCAGGCUGGCGGUCUACAAGAUGGCAAGACGUGCUGGUGGCUGUGGGAAUGUCAAGUUGAAGCUGGUGCCAAUGGAGCAGGUGAAGAAUGAAUUGCGCCACAAAUCAGAUUCAAAGGUGGAUGGAUUGUCAGUGAAAGUUCGCGGAACCGAUCGCAUCAUCCAUGCCGACGGCAGCGUCACAAGAGGACCAGCCCUCUCAGACGGGCAGCUACAACAUCGUGCAGACACAGGAGGGCAUUGGAGUCAAGAGCAGCUUGCCGUCAUCUCGCAGGGAAUUGUCGACUUUGAGGCGGUGGUCAAGUCUGUGUUGGGUGCGUCGGCGAAGUUGAUGAAAGCUGGAAGCUUUAUGAAGGGAACUGACAUCGCUGGAGAGUCGGACAUCGAUGUGAUGGUUUUUGGAUGUGGUGCGAGUCCAAUUUUUGAAUAUCAAUGGAAUUCGAUUGUGUCCGGCAUCAAGCAAAGAGGCUACACCAUAGAUGGUGUCAACCCGAGGUGCAUUCACGUAAAGGUUGAACGGGCUAGGAACUGCUUGGUGACAAUCGAAUUUGAUGUUGUUGCUCACCAUCGACAAGGUUUUCCACCAAACAAAGAGCCUAACAACCCGUUUCGAGAGAACCGUGUGGCAGCUCGAGCAGUUCGGAACAUCAAAUUGGAUUUCAAGGAGUCAGGUGAGAAGGGCUUCAGUGGCAAUGACAUCGAACAAGCAGUUUUGGACGUCCAAGAGAAAUGUUCGCCUGGCCUUGGGAUGCUGAUUGAUGCAGCCAAGGCUGAGCUGAAAAGUGGGAGGCUCCGAGCUCGCAAGCGUCCGGCCACAGCUGCACGGGAGAACGAUGCAGCUGAGGGCACGACGGACUGGACCAAACCUAUUGGUGAAGGACAGUUUCGAAAGGUCUUCAAGGGAGCGUACACCGUCGGACCUCGGACUGGGCAGGCGAAAGUUGCCAAGAUCUUCAAGGAUGGGACAGAAGCCUUUGAAGGCUCCUUCUUUGCUCACGAUGUUGCCCUGUGUGAGAAGUCCAUUGAAAUUGCUGAUGCCUUCAACAAGGUCAAAAAGUUCAAGCACAUGGUGCAGGUCUGCAAAGCUGAAGUUUGGGUUCAGAAGAAGACCAAGCAACGUUUUUUGUCUGAGCCAUUCCUGUUGAAUUUUGAAAUUUUCAAUUCCAACAGCGGGUGGCAGGCUGCAGGUGAAUGGUCCAAUGCUUUGCAAAGCUUGAGCCAUUUCUCCUAUCACCACAGCCAGGGCGAUUUGGUCCUUUGCGACCUGCAGGGUGCCAUUGAAGAUGAUUGCGUUGUGCUGACGGACCCAGUGUUGAAUUCCAAGGACAAGCGCUUUGGCCCCACGGAUUUGGGCCAAAAGGGCAUUGAAAACUUCUUCCAUCACCACAUUUGCAGCAAAUGGUGUGAUCCUGCCUCGUCCAAACCGCGGACCACGAACAAACACUUUGUUCCUCAGGCUGGGACGACCAUGAUGUUGAAUUGAACUAGUAUAUGCAAAUUUGAUUAACGGAGAAUAUGUGACAAUGAGUUUUUUUAUAUUCAUUUUUUGAUAGGUGGCCAUGCUUUUUUGGCGCUCCUCACUACCAAGUCGCAAGGGGAACAGCCAGAGUGUCUUGGCCAAGUAGUUUAGCCAAUUCUGUUAUGAUUCUGUUGCAUACCUGAAACGGUUUGCUCCAGAAUGGACCGUUGCGCUCACAUCCGGCAAAUUGAGAGCUUGAAAGGUCGGACUGCGAACAUGAACAACGGGACAGGUGACCAAGACCUGAAAGACCGAGUCACGAUGAUCCAGAUCCUGCUCUGAUUCUGAACUCAACCAGUGGAUUUGCGUUCUGAUUUUCAUAUUAUAUUCAUCCUUUCCAGUCUCAGUGC